UUCGUCGCAGCCCCUCGGUCCCAUGAGGAAAUCAGAGACUUUGAAAUGGGGUAAGGGCUGGCCCCCUCCCUCAGACCUAAUGGGAAGAGGGGUCCCUAGGGAAGCGUGAGGGGGGCAGCUGUGGGUCUCCUGGCAGGGAGGGACGGGGACUGAAUGUUAAUCGCAUCCUGAGUGAGUGUGCGGGAACAGCGAGUGUGCGAGUCCCUCCCGCUCUGGCUCCUGCAAGCCGUGGCCGCUGCCGCCAGCCACCCUCCGCCUGCGCCCACAGCCUCCUCGGCCAGCAGCGCCCUGUUGAGGGGUACCAGCCUGGGUGGGUCCGCCUGGCCCCCAGGGGUCUCUCGUGCUACAGCCAUCUGCUAGCGCAACAUGUGUAGCCUCAUCCUUGCCUAGUCUGGUGGCCGCAACCUUGGGGGACAGGGCAGGGCAGGACCAAGAAGAGGAGGGACAGAGCCGGGACAGGCAAAAGGUCCCCGCCACUGCCGCCUGCGCUGCUACUGCUGCUGCUGCUGCUGCUGCUGCUACUGCUACUGCCUCCGCUGCCGCCCUGGGCCUGGCCCCCAACCAGCUCCCCAGCACUCCACGGAAUCUUUGGGUCUCUGGACGCUGGUUCCGGUCCUGGCCCCCAGCAAUUUCCCCCAAAGAACAGGGUCAUGAAAAGGUUGGUGUGUGCCUGACUCUGGGUGACUGUGGGUCUCUGCUUUGCUUUCUAUUCCCCGCAACUUUCUCAUCUCUCCGCCUCCCUGUAUUUCUCUCUGCAUCUCUCCUUGCCUCACUACCAUCCUCUGCCGUGCUCCCUCUCCUGUGCUCCCUCUCCUGGGUCUGUGUCCCCGUGAGCCUGGCCUUUCAUCUCUCUUCACUCUUUCCCCUCUCCUUGACCAUCUCUCUCGCUGUCCCCCUCUCCUUUGCUCUCACUGGCGUUCUUUUCCUGGUCUUUGUCCCAUCUCUGGGUCUCUUUCCCAUCUGUUCGAUCACUGCCCCUUCCAUGCCUGCCUUCUCCCCCCACCUCUUACCUCUGCAUCUUCCCUGACCCCAUUACUCACCCCCUCCCGCCUUUGUGCCUCCUGGUUCCCACAUUUCAUUCCUUCAUCUCACCCCCCCACCCCUCCCUCUAUUUGGGUUCCAUCUUUCCCUUCCACUCCCUCCAUUGCCUUUCCCGCUGUCUCUUCUUGUCUCUGGUCUCUGUAUGUCUCUUUCCUGCCUCUUUCCCUCUCUGUCUCUCCAUUUCUUCCCGUCUCCCUCUCUUCAUUUGUCUCCCUCUAUGCUUCUGCCGCCGCGCCUUCUCUCACCCAACUUUCCCCUCUCAUCCUGACUCUGCAUCUCCCUCACUAUCUGGGUCUCACUGUCUCUGUCGCCUUCCCUAUCUCUGUUUCUCGAUCUCUGUCUCCUCCUUCUGUCUCGUUCUCCCUUAUCUCUGUCCCUCAUCUCUGUUUCCCUCCGUGUCGGCCCCUCCCUCUCUCCAUCACCCAACCUUCCCCUCUCGCCCCGUCUCUCCCGUGUCUCCCCUCGGGCUCUGCCCUCGCCUCCCGUCCACGCAGAGGCCGCCCGGCGGGGCCCGCAGGCGAUGCGCGGCGCCGGUGGCCCCCGCGGCCCUCGGGGCCCCGCUAAGAUGCUGUUGCUGCUGGCGCUGGCGUGCGCCAGCCCGUUCCCGGAGGAGGUGCCGGGGCCGGGCGCGGCCGGCGGGGGCACGGGCGGGGCGCGGCCGCUCAACGUGGCGCUGGUCUUCUCUGGCCCGGCGUACGCGGCCGAGGCGGCGCGCUUGGGCCCGGCCGUGGCGGCGGCAGUGCGCAGCCCGGGCCUGGACGUACGGCCCGUGGCGCUGGUGCUCAACGGCUCCGACCCUCGCAGCCUUGUGCUGCAGCUCUGCGACCUGCUGUCGGGGCUGCGCGUGCACGGCGUGGUGUUCGAGGACGACUCGCGCGCGCCCGCCGUCGCGCCCAUUCUCGACUUCCUGUCGGCGCAGACCUCGCUGCCCAUCGUGGCCGUGCACGGCGGCGCCGCGCUCGUACUCACACCCAAGGAGAAGGGCUCCACCUUCCUGCAGCUUGGCUCCUCCACAGAGCAACAGCUGCAGGUCAUUUUUGAGGUGCUGGAGGAGUACGACUGGACAUCCUUUGUGGCAGUGACUACGCGUGCCCCAGGCCAUCGAGCCUUCUUGUCAUACAUCGAGGUGCUGACUGAUGGCAGCCUGGUGGGCUGGGAGCAUCGAGGAGCGCUGACACUGGACCCCGGAGCGGGUGAGGCCGUCCUGGGCGCACAGCUCCGUAGUGUCAGUGCGCAGAUCCGCCUGCUCUUCUGCGCCCGCGAGGAGGCAGAGCCUGUUUUCCGGGCGGCAGAAGAGGCUGGUCUCACUGGGCCUGGCUACGUCUGGUUCAUGGUGGGACCUCAGCUGGCCGGAGGUGGGGGCUCCGGGGUCCCUGGGGAACCACUUCUUCUGCCAGGAGGUGCCCCACUGCCUGCUGGGCUGUUUGCAGUGCGCUCUGCUGGCUGGCGUGACGACUUGGCACGUCGAGUGGCUGCUGGUGUGGCGGUGGUGGCCAGAGGUGCCCAGGCCCUGCUGCGAGACUAUGGCUUCCUGCCUGAGCUGGGCCAUGACUGUCGCGCCCAGAAUCGCACCCACCGCGGGGAGAGUCUGCACAGGUAUUUCAUGAACAUCACCUGGGAUAACCGAGACUACUCCUUCAAUGAGGAUGGCUUUCUGGUAAACCCGUCACUGGUAGUCAUCUCCCUCACCAGAGACAGGACGUGGGAAGUGGUGGGCAGCUGGGAACAGCAGACCCUCCGCCUCAAGUACCCUCUAUGGUCCCGCUAUGGCCGCUUCCUGCAGCCGGUGGAUGACACGCAGCACCUCACUGUGGCCACGCUGGAGGAGAGACCUUUUGUCAUUGUAGAGCCUGCAGACCCCAUCAGCGGCACUUGCAUCAGAGACUCGGUUCCCUGCCGGAGCCAGCUCAACCGUACCCACAGCCUGGUCGCUCCCCGCAGCCCUCCGCCUGACGCUCCCCGCCCGGAGAAGAGAUGCUGCAAGGGUUUCUGCAUUGACAUUUUGAAGAGGCUGGCGCACACCAUCGGUUUCAGCUAUGACCUCUACCUGGUUACCAACGGCAAGCAUGGCAAGAAGAUCGAUGGCGUCUGGAAUGGCAUGAUUGGUGAGGUGUUCUAUCAGCGUGCGGACAUGGCCAUCGGCUCCCUCACCAUCAAUGAGGAGCGGUCAGAGAUCGUGGACUUCUCCGUCCCUUUUGUAGAGACAGGCAUCAGCGUCAUGGUGGCACGCAGCAAUGGCACUGUGUCCCCCUCUGCCUUCCUCGCCUUUGCUUGGCUGAUGCCUCCCAUGUCCCCAGAGCCCUACAGCCCCGCUGUGUGGGUGAUGAUGUUCGUCAUGUGCCUCACCGUGGUCGCCGUCACAGUUUUCAUCUUUGAGUACCUCAGUCCUGUGGGCUAUAACCGAAGCCUGGCCACGGGCAAACGCCCCGGAGGCUCUACCUUCACCAUUGGGAAAUCCAUCUGGCUGCUGUGGGCCCUGGUGUUCAACAACUCCGUGCCAGUGGAGAAUCCUCGGGGCACCACCAGCAAGAUCAUGGUGCUGGUGUGGGCCUUCUUUGCCGUCAUCUUUCUUGCCAGCUAUACAGCCAAUCUGGCUGCCUUCAUGAUCCAGGAGGAGUACGUGGACACCGUGUCUGGGCUCAGCGACCGGAAGUUCCAGCGGCCCCAGGAGCAAUACCCACCCCUGAAGUUUGGAACGGUGCCCAAUGGGUCCACGGAGAAGAAUAUCCGAAGCAACUACCCUGAUAUGCACAGCUACAUGGUGCGAUACAACCAGCCAAGAGUGGAGGAGGCGCUCACUCAGCUCAAGGCAGGGAAACUGGACGCCUUCAUCUAUGACGCAGCAGUGCUCAACUACAUGGCCCGAAAGGAUGAGGGCUGCAAGCUGGUCACCAUCGGCUCAGGCAAGGUCUUCGCCACCACUGGUUAUGGCAUCGCCCUACACAAGGGCUCCCGCUGGAAGAGGCCCAUCGACCUGGCGCUGCUGCAGUUCCUGGGGGACGAUGAGAUUGAGAUGCUGGAGCGGCUGUGGCUUUCAGGGAUCUGCCACAACGACAAAAUCGAGGUGAUGAGCAGCAAGCUGGAUAUCGACAACAUGGCAGGUGUCUUCUACAUGCUCCUCGUGGCCAUGGGCCUCUCCUUGCUGGUCUUCGCCUGGGAACACCUUGUGUACUGGCGACUGCGGCACUGUCUGGGGCCCACCCACCGCAUGGAUUUCCUACUGGCCUUCUCCAGGGGUAUGUACAGCUGCUGCAGCGCUGAGGCUGCUCCGCCGCCGGCCAAACCCCCGCCACCGCCGCAGCCGCUGCCCAGUCCGGCGUAUCCCGCCGCUCGCCCACCCCCUGGCCCCGCACCCUUCGUGCCCCGAGAGCGCGCAGCCGCCGACCGCUGGCGCCGGGCCAAGGGCACAGGGCCCCCGGGGGGCGCAGCGCUAGCCGACGGCUUCCACCGAUACUACGGCCCCAUCGAGCCGCAGGGGCUGGGCCUCGGCGAGGCGCGCGCGGCACCGAGAGGCGCAGCCGGACGCCCACUGUCCCCACCCACCACACAGCCCCCACAGAAGCCACCACCUUCCUACUUCGCCAUCGUGCGCGAGCAAGAGCCGGCCGAGCCCCCCGCCGGCGCCUUCCCGGGCUUCCCAUCUCCGCCCGCUCCGCCUGCCGCCGCAGCCGCCGCCGUCGGGCCGCCACUGUGCCGCCUGGCUUUCGAGGACGAGAGCCCGCCCGCGCCCUCGCGCUGGCCGCGUUCUGACCCCGAGAGCCAGCCGCUGUUGGGUGGGGGCGCGGGCGGCCCGAGCGCUGGGGCCCCGACCGCACCACCGCCGCGCCGCGCCGCGCCACCACCGUGCGCCUACCUGGACCUCGAGCCUUCGCCUUCGGACUCCGAGGAUUCGGAGAGCCUGGGCGGAGCGUCGCUCGGUGGCCUGGAGCCCUGGUGGUUCGCCGACUUCCCCUACCCGUAUGCGGAGCGCCUCGGGCCGCCGCCCGGCCGCUACUGGUCGGUUGACAAGCUCGGGGGCUGGCGCGCUGGUAGCUGGGACUACCUGCCCCCGCGCGGCGGCCCCGCAUGGCACUGCCGCCACUGCGCCAGCCUGGAGCUGCUACCGCCACCACGCCAUCUCAGCUGCUCGCACGACGGCCUAGACGGUGGCUGGUGGGCGCCUCCGCCUCCACCCUGGGCUGCGGGGCCACCGCCCCGGCGCCGGGCGCGCUGUGGUUGUCCGCGACCGCACCCGCACCGCCCCCGGGCUUCGCACCGUGCGCCCGCCGCCGCACCGCACCACCACCGACACAGGCGCGCGGCGGGUGGCUGGGACCUCCCGCCGCCCGCGCCCACCUCGCGUUCGCUGGAGGACCUGAGCUCCUGCCCACGGGCGGCCCCCACGCGCAGGCUCACCGGGCCCUCGCGCCACGCGCGCCGCUGUCCGCACGCUGCGCAUUGGGGGCCGCCCCUGCCCACCGCAUCUCACCGGAGACACCGGGGCGGGGACCUGGGCACACGCAGGGGCUCUGCGCACUUCUCCAGCCUGGAGUCCGAGGUAUGACGCGGCUCGGGCCCCCCACCCCCGCCGCCCCCUCGGUCAGCGCAGGCCACGACCCGAGGGGACGCGCUAAGUGGACAAGACCCUCAUGGGUUGGGAAGGACAGAAACGGACCUGGCUGGACCUCGCCUGGAGCAGCGUCCUGCGCCCCACCCCCUUGCCUUGGGGGAACUAUGAGCCAGAGGGGACUCGGUCGCCCAAAUCUCACCCAUCCUGAGAGCAAGGGGGCGGGGUUCUUGGAGCCCACCGACUCUUUUUUAAACCCGAAAAGGGCUUUUUAACGUCACCUGAUUGGCGGGAGGUGUGGGGGGGUCACGCCGCGCCCCACCCCUACGCUCCGGGCCAUGGCCCUCACAUCACUGUGCAGCUCCCUAGCCCCAGACACACCUCUAGGGGAGCCUGUUUUUAACCUUUCAUUCAUCAGGACUCAAAACUGUGAGACGCGUAUGCCAAACUGUGACUCCAGACCUUGGCCCCGCCACACAGAAACCCCUGACCCCAGACUGUGACUUCCAACACCUAAAAUGAUCAUCUGACCCCAGACUGUGCCCCGACCAGACUGUGACCCUUCAUGUCAGACCUCAAUGACCCCUCCCUUUUAGAUCCUUGUUGGCUCUGACCUAUGACCUCUCCUCCACGAAAGUCCUACCUUUACCUGUCUCCCCCCACUCACCUACCACCCCAGAUGCCACCAAUCACAUCUUCAAGUCCAGCCCUUAUUUGUGACCCUUCAGUGAUAAUCCAGCAGACACUCCACCCCCAGGUCUCCUUUCCCAGAUUUCAGCAGGGUCUGAGGCUGGGCUGAGAGGAGGGUCUGGGAGCCCACACCUGACCUUUCCUCCCCUCUCCCGCUCCUACACUGCAGUGUUUGGAAUAAAACCAUGUUUUUACGCCUCCUCA